AUGGGAACCGCAAACUCAAGGAAUGAACACUGGCAAGAAGACUCAGAAGCACCUGAGUGUCAUAGUUGCCAUGUUCUCUUCUCUAUUAGUGUACGACGUCAUCAUUGCCGUAACUGUGGUUAUGUUUUUUGCAGAAAUUGCUCAAACUUCAAUUGCACUAUUCCUACACGUGGACUACAAACACCUGUUCGUGUUUGUAGAGAAUGUUACCGAAUGUUGUGUGGAAAGGGUAGUAAAUCUGGUGGUGGGAUUAGUACUAAUACUACUAGUGCUUCUAUUACGAAUGGCUUUAGUAAUGACAAUGGUGUGAAUGGAAAUAAUAAAAGCGCGGGUAGGAGUCCUACACAAUAUGAAGGCAAUGAGACAGGUUAUAUUGAGGAGACAUCUCCUCCUACCGCUGGUACAGGUAUAGAUAACAAUUUGGAAAAUGAUAAAACCUUUUUUGUGGGUUCUGGAAACUCCGCCGAUACGAAUGAAUAUUCUGCAGAUAUAGCAGAGGCUUAUUAUAAUAGUUACACAAAACCUCAUGAAAUUACUACAGAAACACAUGUGGUGAGUGAUAAGGAAGCAAUUCAAAAAGAAAAGGAACUACUUAUAGAACGAUGGAUGGAAGUACGCCGACAGGCCGUAUUCACGGAUGUUCUCUUGCAGCGAGUGGAACGAGUUGAUGUCUCUACAGAAGUAGAGUGUUUUCAAGAAAUUGAAAAUAUUCUUUUACAACCACAGGAACAGGAUCUUUUACGUGUUAUGUUUCCAUUUCCAAAGGCUAUGGAAAAAAACGCAGAGCUCUUGAUGGAGCCGGUUACUCGUACUAUACCCUUCUUAGAAGAAAACUCUGAUAUGAUUAAGGAUACAUUACGAGAAUUAACUAAAAGUCUUACAUUGUUGCCUGUCCCAUCGAUACACACAAGUGAAUCUGCUCUUUUGCAUCAAGUUUAA